AUGGUCAUCGCAGCCUUGAUAACUACACUUGUCCUUAAAAACUGGUAGGAAAGAUUCCUUUACUUUGCAAUUACUACCCGACACACAACACACCACUUUUGAAAAUGGCAAUUAAGCUUUUACCAGAGCCACUCAUCCAGUGGUACAAGGUAUGAUUUUAUGUUUGUUUUUUUGUCUUUGGUACGUGUUUUUGUAGCUGUGCACAGUCGGGGAAUGGCCGUCACAGUAGCCAUCAGCGGAAGAUCCACCAGCAGGAGGAGAGCUGUCAGAACCUUACCGACUUCACCCCCGCCCGCGUGCCCAGCAAGGUGGACAUCUUCACCGCCUACAACGACAGCCUGCAGUGCUCGCACGAGUGUGUGCGCACCGCUGUGCCCGUCUACACGGACGAGAUGAUCCAGCAGACCCCUAUAUACAAGACCACCUACAAUGGAAAUAGGUAUGUCGGCUUUAAAUUGCUCUUAGCUCUAGGUUUCUGGGUCAGUUUGAUCACUGUUUGUGUAAUUGCUUCCCUCUCACUGUUCGGUUAGUUAUUAUGAAUUUUCCCUGGUAAAAUCACAUAUUUGGGAAAAAGUCCUGGCCCUAUCUUUGGGAAAUGGUGUAAAUCCCUCUUUUGUAACUGGUAUUGUUUCCUUUCUAAAGUACCUCUAUAAGAGUGUGUCCUGGACUUAGAUGAUGAGUAAGUAUCAGGUUCUCACUGUCUUUGUGUCUCAAUCCUUUGUCCUACAGACCUUCUCCCACUGAAAGGCAGCUGAUUCCUGUGGCCUUUGUGUCAGAGAAGUGGUUCGAGAUCUCCUGCUGA